AUGUCUAUAAGAAAUUAUCGCUGUGGUGUCGUCCAAUUGAUGGCAAUAAUGGCAUUCACUGUUAAUGUCCGGUGUGAUUUCAGAUCGAUAACGUUACCAAAGGGGGAAAUCGCCCUGGAGGAGAUAAGCACUGCAAGAGAUCUUAGUCAUCAGCUUUGGGACCAAGGUUGGAGCAACAGUCUUUCGCUUGGACUUGGCCCCACAACCAGUGAAGUGUUAAACGCCUUUUCAGUGGCUAAGCUGGCCUCUGCUAAUGUUUUUAUUGCGCAGAAACAACUAGAGACUGCAAAGGAAAAUGUGUUAAAUCAACAAAGAAUAGCCACUGAAAAGCAAACACAAGCUUUAAUAUUGAAACAAAAGUCUCAAGCAGCGUCUGCUAUAUACCACUCUGAGGCUAUUGAACGACGUCUUGCAGCAUCCAAGUCAGCGGUGGCACGUGCAGCUGCUAAUUUUGCUGCGGCUGAAAUUAAAAAAACUAAAAAUGAAGCUGCCAAGCUUGGCCAUAUUACUCGAAAUGGUCAGCACGUUUUAUCCUUAUCGCCAGCAAGAAAUCAUUUAUCUAUAUCGUAUCUACAACCGGUUCACUUCAGUUCAUGGCUUAAUGGUCAGAGUCAUUUUCCUUAAAAGCUAUAAAAUAAACAAAACAUAUAUUGAAAUAAUCAAUAUAUCUCAUUUAGUUAUUUAAUGUAAAAGAUAUUCAUCCAUCAUCCAUAUAAAUCCAUCGGCAACUGACGCGUAUAUACCUUUGCAGUAAAUAUAUAAAAACAAUGAGACUAACAAAUAACAUUAUUAUACAACAUUAUUCUAUGAUGGGUCUAGUCACAAGGUCCAAAGUUCAGCUAAGUACCCUUGCUCUCAUGAAAGCAAGCAGACACUAUCUGCUCUUCUGUUGUCUUGCUAUAUUCCCUCCGUCUCACCAUCGCUCUCAAAAUUCUCUCUUCAAUUGCACAAAACUCUCUGUCAAGCUAAUAUGCUUUUUUUAUUGGCCAUUUUAAGCAAUGAAAAGACGAGGGUUAUGUACCGAUUUUUAACGAUAUGUUUUAUUGGGUUUACGAUUUGGAAA